GCUCCGGGUAAGAAGGUGAACGAAAGAUGGCGGCGGAAACGCUGCUGUCCAGUGUGUUGAGGCUGCUGCUUCUGGGGCUCCUGUUACCCGCAACUCUGACCGGCGGUGUCGGAAGCUUGAAUCUAGAGGAACUGAGUGAGAUGCGUUAUGGGAUCGAGAUCCUGCCGUUGCCGGUCAUGGGAGGGCAGAGCCAAGCUUCGGACGUGGUGAUUGUCUCCUCUAAGUACAAACAGCGCUAUGAAUGUCGCCUGCCGGCUGGAGCUAUUCACUUCCAGCGUGAAAGGGAGGAGGAGGCACCUGCUUACCGAGGGCCCGGGAUCCCUGAGCUCUUGAGCCCAAUGAAAGAUGCUCCUUGCUUGUUGAAGACCAAGGACUGGUGGACGUAUGAAUUCUGUUAUGGACGCCACAUCCAGCAGUACCACAUGGAAGAUUCAGAGAUCAAAGGUGAAGUCCUCUAUCUCGGCUACUACCAAUCGGCCUUCGACUGGGAUGAUGAGACAGCCAAGGCCUCCAAGCAGCAUCGUCUGAAACGCUACCACAGCCAGACCUAUGGCAACGGGUCCAAGUGCGACCUCAAUGGGAGGCCACGGGAGGCCGAGGUUCGGUUCCUCUGUGACGAGGGUGCUGGCAUUUCCGGGGACUACAUUGAUCGCGUGGAUGAGCCCCUGUCCUGCUCCUAUGUGCUGACCAUUCGGACUCCUCGGCUCUGCUCCCACCCUCUCCUCCGGCCCCCACCCAGUGCUGCUCCCCAGGCCAUUCUCUGUCACCCGGCCCUGCAGCCUGAGGAGUACAUGGCCUACCUUCAGAGGCAAGCUGUAGACUCAAAGCAGUAUGGAGAUAAAGUCACAGAGGAGCUGCACGGCCUAGAGCCCCAGGUGUGGAGUGAGGCCACACCGGGAGCAGUGCCCCCAAAGAGGGCAGGUGCACAUCCAACCAAGGAUGACGGUAAGGAAUCAGAUUUCUGGAAGAUGCUUCAUGAGCCAGAGGACCAGGCCGCUGGUGGGGAGGAGGCUCAGGCUGAGGAGCAGGAACCAAACCUUGAGGCAGCAGAUCCAGCUCCGAGCCCUCCUCAUGAUUUUCAGAACAACGUGCAGGUCAAAGUCAUCCGGAGUCCUGCGGACUUGAUUCGAUUGAUAGAGGAGCUGAAAGGUGGAACAAAAAAGGGGAAGCCAAACGGAGGCCCGGAGCAGCCUGCAGAUGAUGCCGCAGAAGCCCCUCAAAAAGAAGCAGAGGUGAAGAAGAGUGACGCAGAUCAUCAGAACGAGGUAGAGGAGGAGGAGGAGGAGGAGGAGGAUGAAGAUGAGGAUGAACAGCAGUUACUGGGAGAGUUUGAGAAGGAACUGGAAGGGAUACUGCUCCCGUCAGACCGAGCCAGGCUCCGUUCUGAGGUGAAGGCUGGCAUGGAGCGGGAACUGGAUAACAUCAUCCGGGAGACAGAGAAAGAGCUGGACCCAGAUGGGCUGAAGAAGGAGUCCGAGCGUGAUCGGGCAAUGCUGGCCCUGACAUCCACUCUCAACAAACUCAUCAAAAGGCUGGAGGAAAAACAGAGUCCAGAGCUGGUGAAGAAGCACAGGAAAAGGAGGGUUAUCCCCAAAAAGCCUCCCCCCUCCCCACAACCAGCAGAGGAGGAUCCUGAGCACAGAGUCCGGGUCCGGGUCACCAAGCUCCAUCACGGAGGCCCCAAUCAGGAUCUGACUGUCCUCGAGAUGAAACGGGAAAACCCACAGCUGAAACAAAUCGAGGGGCUGGUGAAAGAGCUGCUGGAGAGGGAGGGGCUCACGGCCGAAGGGAAAAUUGAAAUCAAAAUCGUGCGGCCAGGCGCCGAGGGCACAGAGGAGGACGCACGUUGGCUGACUGACGAGGACACAAGAAACCUCAAGGAGAUUUUCUUCAAUAUCCUGGUGCAGGGAGCAGAGGAGGCACAGAAAGAGCGGCAGCGGCAGAAGGAGCUGGAGAGCAAUUACCGCCGCGUGUGGGGCUCUCCCGGCGGGGAGGGCACGGGGGACCUGGACGAGUUUGACUUCUGAGACCACCUCUGCCGCGGGCUGGCCAGGGGCUCCCGAGCCUGCCUGGACCGGCCCUGCCUUCUCCCCCACCAGCCAGCCGGGCCCUGAAGGCGGAGCGGCAGAGCUGAGCUGUGGACCUGGCAUCCAGCGCAUCCUGCCCCCGCGGGUGUCGAGGGGCUGGGGCGGGAGCACGCCACCGCCUCCCCCCCCCCCCCCCCCCCCCCCCCCCCGCCGCUGCUCAGAGCUGCUCCCGGGCCUGUGGGGUUUGCUCUCCCGGGCUUCUCCCCACAGCCCCUUCCUUCCGCCCCACGCCCUGUCACCAGCCCCUUAAUAACCUGCUGGCUCCUCCCCCCUCCCUCCCUAGAGCUGGGGAGAUCUUUUGCGUGGAGGAGGGCAGGGAGGGCGAGAACAGUGGGCAGUUCAGCAGGUCCCCCACACCCUGCCGAACUGCUCCUCAGGGUCACCCCCUUCCCUUGGAUUGGCUUCGGAUUGCCUGCCCCUUUCCCCUCCCCCACUGUUCCCUAUAAUCAGUGCUUCCGAGUCGAGGUGCUUCCCCCUCUGUCUCCAAGGAAAUGGGAGAGAGUUGCCCACCACCUCUGACACAAUCCCACUGAAAAGGGUGGGUACAGAACCACCCACCUCCUUCUGGAACAAUCAGGUUUCCAAAUAAAGAACUGGACCAUCA